CAUGUUCUUUCUGCUCCUGUCAAAGUGUCAAUGUUUCUUUUUCACAUGAAUUAAUAAUUAGUGUUUCUAAACAAAUUAUACUGUAAUUUUUGGUGCUUUCCAAUUAUGAGUCUUCCACAGUUUUCAUAUAUUCAGUAAAAAUAUACAACAGCAUGCCAUACACUUGCUGCGUUCCCGGUUGCCGUGGCAAUUAUGAUGCUCAAACCAAAGUUGCAGUAUUCUCUUUCCCAAAAGAUGAAAACUUGAAAAAAUUGUGGAUUAGUUCUAUUCCUCGAAAGGACUACACUUACACAGCAUCAUCGAGGGUUUGUGAAAAACAUUUCUCUAUCGAUGAGGUACAACGAAUCACGUCGGCCUGUGAUGAAAAGACCGGGGAAUUUGUAACUGCUCCUUUGAAGUAUCCGAGGCUCAAGCGUGAUGCUGUUCCCACUAUUUUCCCGGAAUGCCGCAAGUAUAGGUCUAUGUCUUCAACCACUCAUCAUAGAGAAGCUCCCACUUCAAGAGGGAAGAAGAGGUUCAAACAAGAGCAGAUGGCGACAGUUGCAGUAGAUAGCAGCCAAGAACCAGCGCCAGAGUGCAGCACUGCAUUAUCUCCAACCGUUGAUGACGGUGAUGAUGUUGAUGAUGGCCAACAAUUGGGACGAUUUUGUCAAGUAUUCAUCAAAGAAGAGCCUCGGGAUUAUGAAGAAAUUUCAGAAGAAGUGGACUUUGACAGCACAGAGCAGAGUGAGCCAGAGAUGUGGCCUUCCGGCAACGCAACAGAAGUGGGUGGACUUUCAACGGAAGAGUGUCCAAAGCCUGAGGGUGUUGAAGGGUCUAAGCCAAUGGAAGAGUGUUUAAAGCCUGAGGGUCAGCCAAGGGAAGAGUGUCUAAGUCUAAAAGGGUCUAAGCCAAUGGAAGAGUGUCUAAGGCCUAAGGGUGUUGAAGGGUCUAAGCCAAUGGAAGAGUGUCUAAAACCUAAGGGAUGUUGA